CCAUUCAACCCACUAGUUCUCUUUAUCUGUUACGUUUCCGUUGGAAGAAUUGCAGUAAUUUCUUCUGAGUUGAUCAAAAUUUGAACAAUGUUCAAAUCCUAAACCUAAACCCUAAAGCUUUACACUUUACCCAUAUCUUUGUUCAUCAUAUAAAUCGAGUCCUCAGCUCCGUCAGGUUUGCGCCACCUUGACCAUCACUGAAGAAGAAGACUACGACUGGGUCACGCCGGAAUGUCGAGUGAAAUUAGAACAAGAGCACAAAGAUUAUCUGUCUCACUCUGUAUGUGUGAAAAUUGCAGCAAGAAAUUUGAAUCUGAAGCAAAGUUUGACACUUUUCCUCUGGAAAUCCGUCAAGAUAUCUUUCUUAGACUACCCAUUAAGUCUUUGAUCAGAUGCACAGCUGUGCGCAAGUCAUGGAGAUCAGUCAUAAAAAACCCAAGCUUUAUUCGCACCCACCUCCGCGGGACACGCAAUUCUAAUGAACAAAAUGAUACUCAACCCUUAUUGAUCCACGGUUUGGCUAAAAAAGCUUUUAGCUUUGAUGACAUCUAUAGUGAGGAUGAAAUACAGGAGCUCUACUCUUUGCAUUAUGAUAACCCCGCGUUUGAUGAGCACCGCAAGGUUGGAGUUCCAACUGGUGGGUUGGCGAAUCCAUGUUUCCGUGUUGUUGGCACUUGUAAUGGACUGGUUUGCCUUGUAGAUGAUUUAGGGUCAUAUACGAACACCUACAUAUUAUCAAAUCCAUCUAUAAGAAAGUCUGUGGCCCUUCCCGGGCCUAAUGUUACAUAUUGCACUCAUGGUGGGUAUGAAGCUUCUGUUGGGUUCGGUUUUGAUGCUAUGACCAACGACUAUAAGGUUGUGAGGCUUGUCACUCUUUUGGAUGAACAUCCCCGACAUGCCCCUUGUCAAACUGUAGUUGAGGUUUUUUCACUAGCCACGGGCUCUUGGAGCAUUCUACCUGAUGUUGCACCUCAAUUUCAAAUGGAUGCACGCACUCCCCAGGCUUUUGUUAAUGGGGCUCUUCAUUGGCACGCAAAGCGGCAGAAAGAAGAUGAUUUUUACUAUUUCAUUUUGAUAUUUGAUGUGGGAAGGGGAUUAUUUCGCGAGACCAUGGUGCCAGAGAGUUUGAAAUGCGAUACUCGAUUAACAUUGCAAUUGUCUGUUUCUGGAGAUGGGGAGUCCAUUGCUCUGUUCAGCAUGUAUUCUGGUUAUUUUUGUGCCGAUCCUUUUGUUGAUAUCUGGGUAAUGAAUGAAUAUUGCAUCCAUGAGUCCUGGACCAAAUUGAUUCGACUCCAUCCACACGGGGUACGACAUGAAUUUCUCUCCUUAAGUAGUUUGCUCCCCAAAGCAUUAUGUUUCAGGAAAAGCAGUGAAGUAGUAGUGUCCAAACGAAGUGAUAUAUACUCCUGUUCCAGGCAUACUUCUUGUCUUGGGCGUGAACUAUUUUCGGUAGACCUUGGGAGCCAACAAUUUAAAAGUCUUGGGAUUUGUGGAUAUAGUUAUUACACUGCCCAUUCUUAUCAAGAGAGCCUCGUCUUACUGGACAUGGACAAUGCAGUUUGCUAUUGAGGCAAAGAACAGGUAAGCUGAUUUGUAGAGUAGUAACAUCCUCUAAUUUGCUGGUGUUCUAUGACAUGGGACUACUAAUCCGAUGUGCUGUGGGACUUCUCGUUUGCAAGUAUUGUGAACUUCAAAUUUCAUGGAACUUUGGUAGUAUCAGUUAUAACUUUAAUUGGUCUUGUAGUUUGAAGUUUAUUGUUAAUUUCGAAUCAGACUAUCAGUUAAAAUUUUCAUUUGGUCUUGUAGUUUGAGACUUCGUAUUGUAUAAUAAUUCACUGAAUUUCCUGAUCAUUUCACCAA